AUGACUUUCAUAUACUUCCCUACUUCUAAUAGUCAGAUUGAUGCUGCUAUCAAAAAUGUUCUUAUCGAAGAACACGAUUGGAAAGUGGAACAUGUUUUAUAUAUUGGACCAUACUUAUACAAAACAACAGAUACUUCACAUUAUACGUAUGAGAAAACUUUGACAUGCAUGUUUAUAAUGCUCACAAUAAUGACAUCAUCAAUUGGCACAAUUAUUAUUUUUAUACUCAAAUGUUACAUUAAAAUAAACACAUAUAUUAAAACAACAAAAAAUCUUUCGAGAAAAUGGAAUGGUUUACAAUAUCAGUUAUUUUAUGCUCUGGUUACUCAAACAUUAAUCCCAGUAAUCCUCAUGCAUUUACCAGUAGCAACUUUAUUCAUAUUAACAAUACUGUCAAUCAACUUCGGACGAGCUAGUAUCAUCGUUAGCAUAACUUGCGCUUUGUUCCCAGCUUUGGAUCCAUUUCCAGUUAUCAUAAUUGUCAAACAUUAUCGUCUUGCGAUGAUGAGUUCAGUCACAACUCCGGUUGUUAAAUUCAUUCAAAGGCGACUUGACAAUCCAAUUUGA